AUGUCUUAUCGGUAUGCGCCGCUGCCGCCAGCCAACCAGUCGUGGUUUCGUCGCACCCGCUACUUGACGCGGAUGUUGAGAGUUUCCCCAGGCUCAGGGGACGACCCGCUACGCGGAACACUAGACGUUAUUAACAUCACAUCUAAAGAAUCUCCAUACGAAGCCUUAUCCCUUCAGCCUGCCGGCGACGAAAACAAGGAGGGAGGAGGGUGGAGUGAGUCAGUCCCGGACCAUCUUGACACCAGUCUGCCGCACCUCGUCGCCCUUGCGCAGAGACCUUAUUUUGAGCGUACAUGGGGUAUACAGGAAGUGGUGGUAGCCAAGGAUGUGGUCCUCAAAUGCGAGGAUUUGGGGAUCAACUUUGACCAUCUCCUAGGGUCGUGGAAUCACAUAGCGGCCAACGUAGAGGGCGAAUUGGGACCAAACAAUUCGGUUUUCAGCAUGUGGAUGGCCAUGUUGGCUACACGCAAAGCCACAGCUGGGGCAUUGAAGCCUCUCGUGCCUAGAACCAUAGGUCCUUUGUCCCUGACACUGGACUUGUCGCGUCCAUACCUAUCUACAGAUCCCCGCGACAAGAUCUUCUCCGUCCUCGGCAUCUGUUGGGAGGGCGUACGUCCCGGCCAUCAACAAUUCUUUGCCUUGGAUUAUCUUGACAAUUGGGGGGUUGCUCGCCCUUUGAUGUUAGUCUUAUGUGUGCCAAUCAAAUUGGCCAUGCUCCUGUACUCGCCCAGUCGUCUGCAGAUGCCAAAAGAGCUGCAGCCAGAUUACCAGAAGACAACAGCCGAAGUAUAUACAACCUUUGCUCGAUUUCUCAUCGAACACCAAGCAGGGCACCUCGGCAUUCUGAAUAAUGUUUCCCAUAUCGAAGAUCCAGAAGAUGGCGAAUACCCGUCGUGGGUGCCCAAAUGGUUUGAGCCCAAAAGAGAAAUCAACAUGGCGGAAGACUUCAAGAUGGGAUACUACCGAGCAUUUUCGUCAAUGGCGACAACUCGUGGCGCCAGCUUUUCCAAGAAGUCCGAGCAACCGCACAUACUUUGUCUUGAUGGCUACACCUUUGACGUUGCCGAUGCUGCCGCAGAUGUGUUUAGAUUCAAGAGUGAGGAGUUUGAUGAUACCUUCGGGGGUAUCGUUGGUGCUUGGUACGAGUUGUUUGAUUCCUCAUUCGUUCCACGCUCAGGCGAGACCUACUAUGACGGCCAGCCCCUUGAUGUCGCUUUCUUAAAGGCAAUAUCAGUUUGGCCUAAAGGAGACGCGGACUCAGACAUCACGCAAAAAAAUGCGGUCGGUUUCAACCACAGGAUCCUGAAUGGUUAUUUCAAUAUGGAUAACCGCGCCGAAGAUAAGAAGGGAUUCAACGCCGAGAUUUACAUGUGGUACAUGGCUAUCAUAAUUCGUGAGGCCGAGAUCCGAGAAGAAUGCGGGAUCGCCUCGGACCAGGAUGAAGAUGAAGACGAGAUGAGACGGAACGUUGGAUCCGGAACCAGUUCCUUUACAGCUGAUGAAAUAACACAGGCGGGUCCCACUCCUAUGCUGGAUGGGUCAGCGUCUGGGCCUGGUUCAAAAGUUGUGUCUGAUACAGACGGUAAUCCAAUGGACUCGAUAGGACCUGCCAAUGAGAUCCCCUCCGCAGAGCAAGAAUCAGAUCCAUUUCUACAGUUCUCCGGACUGGAAAAGGCGAGGGCAAUAGAAGUCGAGCCAUACACAUUUGCAUAUGAAGACAUUGACUGGGACGAUCUCGAAAACCUAUCGGAGGCCUAUCCCAAAGGGCUUUACCAGACGGCACACAACCGGCGUGCAUUUACCACCUCCGACGGGUUCAUAGGACUUGGUCCAUCAAGGAUGAAACCUGGGGACCAAGUCGUGGCUCUCUUUGGCAGUGAGCUCCCGUCGAUUUUGCGGCCAAGGCCUCAAGGAGGAUUUUAUUUAAUUGGCCAAGCCUAUAUUCUGCACGAGGAGCUACGAUCGGGCUCCUUGACACAGUCUGUCGCGAGCGGGAAUGGGAGAUUCUCUCGCAACACAUAUGAUAUUUACUAA